AUGAACAUCCUUUUACAGGAUCCAUUCGCAGUUCUCAAGGAACAUCCUGAGAAGCUCACUCAUACAAUUGAGAAUCCCUUACGCACUGAAUGUCUUCAGUUAAGUCCUUGCGGUGACUAUUUGGCUUUAGGAUGUGCUAAUGGAGCACUUGUAAUUUAUGACAUGGAUACGUUCCGACCUAUUUGUGUCCCAGGAAAUAUGUUGGGAGCGCAUGUCAGGCCCAUUACUUCUAUCGCAUGGUCUCCAGACGGCAGGUUUUUGCUGACAAGCUCUAGAGACUGGUCAAUAAAACUUUGGGAUCUUUCAGUACCAAGCAAACCUUUAAAGGAAAUAAUUUUCGAUUCUCCAAUUUGGGGCUGUCAAUGGCUGGAUGCUAGGAAGUGGCUUUGUGUUGCUACAAUAUUUGAGGAAAGUGACGCUUAUGUUAUUGAUUUCAGUAAUGAUCCAGUGGCGAGCCGUCUGAAUAAACACAAUGAAAAGACGUUGAGUUCUACGCCCGAUCAUGGAUAUGUUCUUGUCUGUACAGUGCAUACCAAGUACCCAAAAAUCAUUAUCGUUGGAACCUCAAAAGGUUGGCUAGACUUCUACAAGUUCUACUCUUCAUCUGAAUCAACAUGUAUUCAUUCUCUAAAAAUUGCGGGCUCAAAUAUCAAACAUGUGGUCGUUUCACAGAAUGGUAGAAGGCUGGCUAUUAACUGUUCGGAUAGAACAAUAAGACAAUAUGAGAUAAAUAUUGAUGAUGAAAACUCUACUGUUGAGUUAAACUUCGAGCAUAAGUAUCAGGAUGUGAUUAAUAAAUUGCAGUGGAAUUGCAUUCUCUUUAGUAAUAAUACCGCUGAAUAUUUAGUAGCUUCUACACACGGUUCUUCUGCUCAUGAACUAUACAUUUGGGAAACCACGAGUGGAACUUUAGUGAGAGUUCUAGAAGGUGCUGAAGAGGAAUUGAUAGAUAUAAAUUGGGACUUCUAUAGUAUGAGUAUCGUGAGUAAUGGUUUUGAAUCUGGAAAUGUAUACGUCUGGUCAGUUGUUGUUCCACCAAAAUGGAGUGCUCUGGCGCCAGAUUUUGAAGAAGUCGAAGAAAAUGUUGACUAUUUGGAGAAAGAAGAUGAGUUUGAUGAAGUUGAUGAAGCUGAACAGCAGCAAGGAUUAGAACAUGAGGAAGAAAUAAACAUUGAUCUUCGAUCGAGAGAGCAGUAUGACGUGAGAGGUAAUAACCUGCUCAUUGAGCGGUUCACAAUCCCUACCGAUUACACGAGGAUAAUCAAGAUGCAGUCAUCAUCAGAUUAA